UCAGUGUUUUUAUUUGAAAAAAAUCGAACGCAAAAGUUGUACACAUCAAAACAUUGCACAAUGCUGAAGCUAUCGCUAAAACGAUUUGCCUCAGUUUUAUUCUUCCAAAUGCUCUUUCUCGUGGUGGAUUUGGGAAUAAACAGUUUUUCAUAUCUUGCCCGUGGUCAUCAUUCUGCAGUGAUUUUUCUGUUCAUCGCGCAGGAUGUCUGCUUAAUGUUAUCGUUCACGGCGUUCGUGUUCAGUCUGUACUCCACUUACGUGUACCAAGCAGGAAUGGCCAACCUGCUGUACGAGAAGUUCCGUACGCCGCUCCUCAUAAGCAUGACGUACUUUUUCCUCAGCAUCGCCCUUCACCUCUGGCAGGUAUUAGGCCACUCCAAUGAACCGUAUCAAUUCCAAUGGCCCAAAGCAUUGACCGCUUUAUUUAUAAUACACCGACUGUUUUCGCCCAUCUAUUACUAUCUCUACAAGAAAUCAGCGCUAAAGAUGAGUGAUCCUCGAUUCUAUGAAAAUCUGGAUUGGAUUGCUUCGCAGCUGUCGAUUAAGUAAGUCGUCAAAGUGCAUGAAACCAUUCUACGAAGAGUUGCACUGCAUAUGCUAUGUUAAACCGUGUAUGUACACUAACUGCGUAAGAAAGCGUAGCUAGAAUUCUUCUGACGAUUCGUUUAUAUGACAUAGACUGUAACAAUUCUUUUGUUGCUACUCUUAUAAGACUGAGUUUCCACGAAUAAGUACGCUAAUUUUCACACCGUUUUACCUAUUCGUAAACAAGCUUAUCAAAGCACAAAUGAAAGAACUUCAGUAUCUCAAUACUUGUUCUACUCUUUUAAAGGGGGAACAGCGUAGACUUAAUUCGAGGCUACAACAGUGACAACUUAAUUUUAUCGAUUUACAUUCCUAGUCUAUAGUUCAGAUUACUAGUCAUAUAACUUCUUCGUUCAGAUAAUUUAACCAUCAAUGUAGUGUAUAAAUAUAUGAAUGUCUAAUUUAUUACACAUAUCAAACAGUUCAAUCAAUAAACAGCUGAAAACGUUA